CAUCUCCCAUUGUUCUUAUUAUGCGUUCCUGAUUGCUUUUUGUUCUUGGUUCCUGCUUCCUUGUUUUCUACUUUGGAUGCUUGGGGAGUGAGAUGGGGUUCCUCACUGGAAGUUCCUUGCAACUCUCCCCGUUGUCCAACUUCUCCUUUGCUGCUCCCAGAACCCAAUCAAGAAGACCAGCUGUGGUGAAGGAUUCUGCGAAGCCCACAGGAAACAAUCAUCAUGGUGACAAAGAUAAAGUUGGGACAAGCGUUUCCCUGGAUAGGAGGAUUCUUCUACUUGUGGGUCUAUCAGCUACCCCCUUUUUUCAGUCAAGAGUUGACGCCGUUGAAGGUCCCUAUGUCAAUGUCGUGUAUAAUGCAAACGGAAGGACAGUAACCAGGAUAGUUGGUCGUGGUUCACGAAGUGCAGAAUCAAGAGCAGGGGGACGUCAAGUGCCUGAAGACCGUGGUGUGCUAGAGAAAGAAGAAAAUAGCCCACUCCUUGUGUCAACUCCGGAAAAUCCAGACAGACAAGAAGAUGUGCUUCAGAUUUCCGUUCCUCAAAGCCCAGAAACACAAGAUAAUAGAGUAGCUCAAGCUUCGAUACCGAACCCAAAUAUAGAGAAUAAAUUUUCUGAAGCUGUUGUGGAAGAGAGAGUGGAUCAACAAGGAAAGCAAACAAGCACUUUCAUUUCUGUCCUUAACGGACUGGGAAUCGUUGGCUCUGGUGUCCUUGGAGCAUUAUACACACUAGCACAGAAGGAUAAGAUGGUCACAAAAUCAACAAUUGAAACUUUGAAAACAGAUCUGAAUAAAAAAGAGGCAGCCACGAAUUCAUUGAAGGAGUCUCUUGAAAAGAAGGUGUUGGCUGAACAGGAAGAAAAAUUCAAGCAAUUGAAACAAGCUAAGGAAGAAGAACUGUUACUUUCAAAACAGUUGGCCUCAGCAGGUGAAACUGUAUUAAGCUUACAGCAGGAACUGCAACGUGAGAAGAAUUCUGUGGAAGAGCUGAAAUUGCAGAUGGAGAGCCUUCAUAUUAGCCUUGAACAAGCUCGGAAGGAUAACAUGGAGCUUGACUCAAAAUUAAAGGGGAAACAGGACUUAAUACAUGGACUGAAUCAAAAAAUAAGUUUGUUAACUUUAGAAGUAAACGAGAAGUCAACCAAUAUUGACAACAUCAAGCUGUCUCUUGCAGAAAAAGAGCAGGAAUAUGAACAGUUAAUGUCAGUUCAUGAGCAAGCUAAAAAUGCACUUGAGGAAGCCAAGACUGAAAUGCAAAGUUUGGGACAGGAACUCACAAAAUCACAAGAAGAAUUGGUUAUGACUACAUCAGAGUUGCAUGAUUUGAAGGAUAGAACUGAAGUAGUUAUUACUGAAAGAAACAAGUUGGGAGAAAAAUUGUCUGUUCUAGAAGGGGAAUAUAAUAGCUUGAAAUCUUCUUCAGAGGAAAAGGCUGCUCGUGAUUCUCAGCUCUUAUCUGAGAAGGAGAAACAGCUACAAGAGAUGAAAGAGACACUAGAGCGCCAGUUCUCUGAAGCAAGGGCAAGCGAUGCUUUGCUCAAAGACUCAACACAACAAAGGGACAGUUUAAGAGCUGUGUUGCAGGAAAAAGAAGCAUUAUAUAAGAAUUUGCAGCUUGAAUUUCAGGCCAGCCAAGAAAGCUUGAAAUCUGUCAUUCUCCAAAGAGAGACUUUAUUGAAAGAACUUGAAAAUUCUAAGCAAGCCCGCAAAGACCUUGCCUCUGAAGUUUCAAGGAUUCAAUCUGAAUUUUCAGUAGUGCAAGGAGAACUUGAGAGAAAGUUGGGAGAGGAGCAGUCAACUUCAAAAUCUCUAUCUAUUGAACUUAAAUCUGCUAAAGAAGAUGUGGAGAAGAGCAAAGAAGAACUCAAACGUCUAUGUGAUGAGCUGAAGUUCACCAGGGGGGCACGUGAGGACUUGGAGAAGGAAUUGCUGGAAAUAUAUAAAAAGGCAGAAGUUAGCGCUCAAGAUUUGAAAGAAGAAAGGAAGUUGGUUGCCUCAUUGAACCGAGAUCUUGAGGUGCUUAAAAAGCAAAUUUCUGAAGAUAAGGAAGCAAGGAAAAACAUGGAAAAGGAUUUGGAAGGGGCUGCAAAGUCCCUUGAUGAGAUGAACCGGAAUGCCUUGCUGCUCUCCAAGGAGCUAGAGAUGUUCAGAUCACAAGCUGAGAGUCUCGAAGCAGAAAAGGACCUGUUAUAUGAGACUCUACGUGAACAGAAGCUUUUGGCAAAGGAGGCUCAGGAGAAUGCAGAAAACACCCACAAUAUUCUUGUAAGAUUUGGGAAGGAGAAAGAUCAGUUAGCGAAGAGAGCUAAGAGGCUGGAAGAAGAGCUUGCAUCCAUGAAGGGUGAGGUGUUGCGCUUAAGGCGGCAACUAAAUUCAUCAAGUUCUGAAGGUGAGGAAGAUCUAGAGAAUGCUGCGAACAUGAAGAAGCAAUCUAGGAGGAGAAAGGUGGGAGCCACUGUUGAAGUUCCUCAAACAGUUAACGAACGAGAGACAAGCAUUUGAUACAAUCAUAUGGCUUACUUUGCAUGUGUGUAUCUUUUUUUACCUUGAUCUCAUGAUUAGGCAUCGCACCCUUUUUCUUCUUUCCUGGCCAUAUAAAGUAAGAUGCCAGAGUUACAGAAUAGAAAUUAUUUUGGAUUGCGUGAAUGCAUUACCGACUUGAUGGCAAAUAGUCGAAGAACAGCUCCUGGUUAUGUGCUCAAAAUGAUGCACAAUUGGGCGCCGGCCAUUUCAUGAGCCAUCUGUUUUAUGGUAACAAAUGCUGAAGGAGAGUUUGAAGGAAAAGCUCAAGCUUGAACCCUCUUUCGAGCAAUCAUAGAGAACCUGAAUCCUCUUGGGAGCAGUAGUGAAACCAAUCACCUCUUCAAUAUCGUAAAGUACAGCGACAGUUUGGGCUUGCGCAGGGAAUGACACCCAUGAGGACGAAAUCUAUGGGAUGCCUGUGUUACAGUUCACAUCACCAACCGGUUUGGUUCUAAUAAAUGCGAAGGUUUAUCGGCCGCCACCGGUUGAUAUAUAGCUUGUUGCCAA